UUCACGGUCACAGCUACGAAGAUUCUUCCAGCCUCGAGUAGCGCCUCUUCAACGAGCAAACGGAAACGACUACGCAAGUGAACUAACGCGACGACGUACAAUGUCCCAGGAAAUAUCCUGCUGUCUCUCAAUUAGAAGCGCACAAAGUCAUUCAAGAUGGUGUUAGAAAGUAUCUCCAGGAUUAUCAAAAUGCAACUUCCAGCCUACCUCAAGAAACUACCCCUUCCAGACACAAUCGGCGGCUUUGCGAGACUCACAGUUUCAGAGUGGCUGCGGCUCCUACCGUUAUUGGGCAUUUUGGCUCUGUUGGGUUAUCUGACCAUCCGGCCCUUCCUGCCCAAGAAGAAAAAGCAAAGAGACAGUCUAAUAAAUCUGAAGAUCCAAAAAGAAAACCCUAAAGUGGUGAACGAGAUCGACAUAGAGGACCUGAGGACUCCAAAUGUUUGCUACUGCCGCUGCUGGCGAUCUAAAACGUUUCCCGUUUGUGAUAAAUCACACAUAAAGCAUAACGAGCUGACAGGAGACAACGUUGGUCCACUUAUUCUUAAGAAGAAGACUCUGUAGCCCUCCUGCUUUGGCCCAUAUUGCGUUUUCUCCAUCGAAAAACCUACUGUAAUUUAGUUUGUUGUACUUACCCAAAUCUAUUUCCAACUUGUUGUUGUGGUAUAGAGACGCAUAUAGCUGUCAAUUCUGACUUUAAUGCUCAAGAUAUUGUGGUUGAUCUGACAGAUUAAGUAUAUACCUUUGUGUUACAUUGCUCUGGUGUAUUUACUUUUUAUACUUAGUAAAUGUAGUAGAUUGUUUGUGCAAUAUAACUUGACCAUAGUGAAACAUUUUUCACCAAUCAGUCGUCUUGACCAUGAAAGUGUCUUUUCUGUUCUUUAAACUGUAUCUAGAUUCAGUUUUAACGUUAAGUUGCCUUGUACUAUUACUGUUGUGCUGUCAUUGUGAUAAAAAUUGUGUUUGACAUUUUCUGAGACAAUAUAAAAAAUCAAAUACUUUUAGCUUUUCAGUGUGAAGUACAGGAUUUGUUCAUGUAGUUUUUACUUAUUUGUCAUUUUCUGCAGAAUUAGAAGAGUUCUACAAUGUUUGCUAAAUUAUUUGAAAGUUUUCAAGUGCAGGAUACUAAACUUGACGUGUGUUUCACAUUGCAUUAGAUUGUAACAAAUGGUUUCGUCAAAGCUAUUGUUACACUAUUCAAAUAUUACAAUAUUUAUCAUAAUGUAACAAAUAAAUGGGGCCUCUUUUCACUUCCACCUGAACCAACAUGCUGUAACAAUUGCAAUGCAUAUGUAUGCAUUCAUUCCUAUUCAGAAUAAUUUGACAAUCCCUUGGUUCUUUUUUUGUGCCAUGUUUCAUAUCAGAUGGCUCCUGUUCAUAGGUGUUUUCAUAAAAUUACUUAAGUGUAUGUUAACUGGAAUGUGCCUAAUGACUUUUGUAAA